UUACUUAUCCCGAUUCAUUUGUGUGUCUAGAUUCAUGUGUUUUCUUCAAGAAUUUAGUGUAUACUUUAUGAUCAUGUAUGACAGCUACUUAUUUGAGUUGUUACAUGUAGAUCCCUACAACACCAAUUAUAGUUGGGGAAGGUGAACCUCCUCCCUCUUGGGAUCCGGUACCAACUCCAAAAGCUAUGGUUGGAAAAGGCUCCCCAAGGUUCAACAUGAGCAGUUCCCCAAAGCUGCGUAGGUAUAUUCCUACAACAAGUGCUACUAAAAAGAAGCCUUCUCCUAAAUGCAGUGGGGCAAAAAAGAGUGGAGGUUCUCCAAGAGUAGUGAAACAAAGAGCAGAUUGGAAUCCAGGACUUGAGAGAUCUCUUGUUGAUAUUCUCCAUGAAUUUAAAGAUAGUGGGUAUAGAGGUGACAAUGGUUGGAACUCUGAAGGGUGGAAUAGGAUGGUUAAGGAGUUUUAUGUGAGGAACAAGUAUGUCUCCUUUACAAAGGCUCAGAUUCAGGAUAAAGAAGGUCAGUUGAAGAGAGACUACAAGAUGCUCAAAGCAGCAAAGCAACAGAGCGGGUCAACCUGGAAUGAGAAAAGGAAUAUGGUUGAAGGACCACCAGCUUUGUGAGAGAAUCUCAUGGUGACAUUUCCUAAAAUCAAGAAGUUUAACAACAAUAAGGCAACCUUCCCGCUCUUUGAUGCUUUGGGAAAGCUUUAUGAUGGACACUUGGCUGAAGGGACUUGGAGUUGCACUUCUCUUGAGGCACCGCAAGAGGAAGAACCGAAUGAGCAACUUCAGGAUGCAGAAGAUGGACCACAAGGCUUUGAUCUGAAUGUUGUUCAUGAUGUAGAUGAUGAAGUUGAUGAUGCACUCACUGAAAGGAAUGAAGAUAUGCUUCAAGGAAGGGCUAAUACUCUGUCACGAGAUGAAGAAAGUGGACAGCGAAGACCUGCUACGUCAAGAAACAAGCAAGAAAAGGAACCAAAGAAGCCUAGAAAGACUGAUAACAUAGAAAAUAUGAUGAACAAAUACCUAGAAAUGAGGAGCAAGCAAGUAGAAGAUGAAGCUGCAAGAGAAAAGGAAGCAAGAGAAAAGGAGACAAGAGAAAAGGAGGCAGCUCAAAGUGAAGAUUUCUCCAUCAAAAGGUGCAUAUCAGUUCUGAACACAAUGGAAGAAGUGACCAAACUGGAGAAGGCAAAAGCAUAUUCAGUCUUCACCAAGAGCAAAGAGAAUAGAGAGACUUUCAUAUGUGCAUGUGAAGCGGAUCAAGAAUCAGCUUUGAUUUGGCUAAGAAAUGAGAUGGCUUAGUAGGUUUGGGUGAUCAAUCGGUGAUGCUUAGCACAUCUGGAGGUUUCUUAUUUUGAACUGACAUGCUUAGUUCUAAAGUGAUGUUUCUUCUUAGCACAUCUGUUCUAUCUCUUAGCUGUUGAAGAUGUCAGUCUAUCAAGAUUGUUCUUUGCGUUUGUUGGCAAGACUAUAAUUUGCCUUUCAACCAUGUAUGUUGCUGCCGAACAGGGCAAAAUUGCUGGAGCUGGAAGCGUUCCAGUUGGAUUACUUCUUGGGCUGGAAAGAGUGAAAGACCCGGAUGCACUAAAUUCUGGCCUGGAACAGUUACAGCUCUGGAAUUAAUCCUAUGCUACCGAACGGCGCCUAAAUGAAUAGCAUUAAACUGGAAAGUUGAAGAGGACUAUAUCUAGAACUUAGGCUUGAUCGACUGAGAGAAACCUUGAA